GAGCGCGAAGCAGCUGUGCACACUGACUGCAAACACGGAAACGCAGUGAAGUCAGCAGGGCGUCCGUGUUGUGUUAUUCCGUUUUUAAUCGCAUGCAAUUCAGUCAUUCGUGUUUGAAAAGCAGACAUCGCUCGUACAUCACAGAACAGGGGCGUCUGUUUCGCUUUUCUCUGGUUUUUCUAUGGAUUCAAUCCACCUUCUGUCAUGGGCCUGCAUCGUGUUCACAGUCGGGAUGUUCUCGACUGGACUGACCGACCUGAAGAAGAUGAAAGAAUCCAAAAGUGCUGAGAAUAUCCAGUUUCUCCCUUUCCUCACCACGUGUCUUAAUAACCUGGGCUGGCUCUAUUAUGGGCUUCUGAAGACGGAUCGGACCAUCGUCCUGGUCAACGUCAUUGGAGCUCUACUCCAGGUCCUCUAUAUCAUUGUGUACCUCCACUACACAAAACAAAAGAGGCUGGUGAUGACACAGACUGCUGCUGCAGGGACGGUGUUGACCUGCGCUUGGUUCUACUUCACCACGUAUCUUCCGGAGGGAGACACUCGCCUCAGCCAGCUGGGCCUCACCUGCAGCGUGGUGACCGUCAGCAUGUACCUGUCACCGCUCACCGACCUGGUGCAGAUAGUGCGUAGUGGGGAUGUGACGUGCUUGUCCUUCCCUCUGACUGUAGCCACCUUCUUCACAUCAACCUCCUGGGUCCUGUACGGCCUCCAGCUGAACGACUACUUCAUUGUGGUUCCAAACACGCCGGGAAUCCUCACCAGUCUCAUCAGGUUUUAUCUGUUUUGGAGAUUUGCGUCAGUCAAUCAGAGCUCGCCGGCGUAUAAGUCCAUGCAUAUAUGAGCAGGUGAAUGUCAGCAGGUGACAGAUCUGUUGGCUGCGUCGAGGCUUUGCCAAGGCUUGUAUUUGUAACCAUGCACAGAGACAGUGGAGGGAAACAAACUGUCUUUGGACCACAAAUGAAGUGGAGAUAACGUCUGGUUACUUGUUGUCACUUCGGGAAGGUAUAUGUGAAAAAAGUCAGACGUCUUUGAUUCAAAAGUUUAUAUUUUUGUGUCCAUUAAGUAAGUGCCUUCUCUUAGACCCUGUUUUCUAUUUAAGAUCGAUGACUGAUUUUACCAGCAGGACCUUUGCAGCAUGUUCACAAUUCAGUGAGUUGGAUAUCUUCCUAAACUCAUACUAGCCAAAGAAGUUGUAAAUUGCUGGUUGCUAUUUUUAUACACAGGUAGUGCUCUCCUCCCUGGUAAUAUAUAGUUUUAUAUUUCCCCUGGUACGGCGAUGAUGUUCCUCUUCAAAGUUACUAGCUUCUGUAUCACUGUGCAUACAGAAUAUUGAGCUGCAGCUAUAUUUGUUUUGGUCUUUUAAAUACACAUGUUUAUUUUUUUCACGUUCAGAUGUUAUGUUGUUGAUGCUUUUUUACCUCUUUUUUUUUCUUAACUGCAUUUGAGAUUAAAUAACAUGAAAAAGGACAUUAAUUUGCUAGGGUUUGUUUACAAGAAUAAGGGAUGCUUAUUUCCAUGGUGGCUGGCUGUCAGGGCUAAUUCAGCCUUGCUUUUCUCCUGCUUAUUGUGUGUAAUAAGCAGGAGAAAAGCAUGUUAUGCAAAUGAGCCGAUUGUCAGUGCUGAUCAUUCACUGUUAAAGGAUGUAAAUAAAUUCUUACCAUAACCAUCAA